AUGAACGCCUUUGAGCAUCCAUCAGUCGACAACGGAGAGUUCACAAGCUACCAGCUAACUUACGCGAUUAUUCUCAGAAGGCAGCCAACCAUGUAUGUGGUGAACCUGCUUCUUCCAAGCUUUUUCCUAAUGACAGUGGAUCUCUUCAGCUUCGUCCUGCCCCCCCAGAACGUGGACCGGUCAGCCUUCAAGAUGACCCUCAUUUUGGGCUACACCGUCUUCCUGCUCCUCAUGAACGAACUUCUGCCCGUCACAGGAAACAGCAUUCCUCUCAUCAAUGUGUUUUUCUCUAUGUGUAUGGCCCUGAUGGUGGGAAGUCUCCUGGAGACGAUAGUGAUCACUAACAUGAUGUGUGGCUCCAUCCGUGACCUUCCCAUGCCUAACUGGCUGCGAGUUCUUUUCCUGAAGUACUUUGCGCUUGUAGUCUGCAUGGGAAAGGCGAAUAGCGACAGCACGUCUUCUGAAAAUCCAGAUGGCCUUGGUGAGGAGCCCUCUGUUCCUGGUAAUGGCGAAGGUCAACUGGGUUCCAGAGACGGUCAAGCCCUCCAGACUGCAGACCCCAGUGUGGUGGAGCUGCAACACCUGGGAGAAGAACUUCAGGCCAUCCAAAGACACCUGCAGAAGAAACCAGACGCAGUGGACCAGAACGCAGAGGACUGGAAGCGCAUUGGCCUAGUCAUUGAUCGCUUCUUAUUUUGGGCUCUGCACAUGGGUCCUGUGGCGCCUCUGAACUGCUCUGAGCCCAACACCCAGUCCCUGCUGGCUGCCUUCAAAACCGACAUUUUCCCCUUCAACGCAGUGCGCCCUGUCAACCAGCUAACCACCCCCACCAACAUUAGUAUAUACUUCACCCUCUACGCCAUCUUAGGAGUGGAUGAGAAGGCCCAGGUCCUGGAGACUUUCAUCUGGCAGGCAAUGACAUGGCGGAUUGAGUUCCUGAGCUGGGACCCUGAGGAGUGUGGCACCGAUGUGGUCACCGUUCCAAGAAACAAUCUAUGGAGGCCAGACAUUGUCAUCAAUGAAUUCGUGGACAAGAACAAAGCCCCGGACACCUUCUACGUGCGUGUGAACAGCUCGGGCUAUGUGACUGACGGCAUGCCUGUGAAGCUGAAGAGCUCCUGCAACCUCAACAUCUACACAUUCCCCUUCGACAUGCAGAAGUGCUCCUUCACUUUCCACAGCUACAUGCACAACAAUUUGUCUGUGAGCCUGGAUUUUGGGAAGGCGGUGGAGGACAUCUUGAGUCAGUCCAAGCUGUUGAUGAAGACCAUGGGGGAGUGGGAGCUGCUCGACAUGACCGCUGACAAGAUCAGCUUAGUCAGCUACGAGAGCACAUGGGACGAGCUUGUCUACUACGUUACGCUGAGACGCAGGGCCACGCUGUACGUGGUGAACCUGAUCAUCCCCAGCUGUUUUCUCAUCACCCUGGACCUCUUCAGCUUCAUCCUGCCCCCCCAGGAAGUGGACCGGUCAGCCUUCAAGAUGACCCUCAUUCUGGGCUACACCGUCUUCCUUCUCCUCAUGAAUGAACUGCUUCCUGUCACAGGAAACACCAUACCUCUUCUAAAUGUGUUCUUCUCCAUCUGUCUGGCUCUCAUGGUGGCCAGUCUUCUGGAGACCAUCAUCAUCACCAACCUCAUGCACAACUCCCAGGCUUAUCCAGCUGCGCCUCACUGGCUCACGUUCAUCAUCAUAGACGUGAUAGGUCGACUUGUCUGUUUACGACGCAAGAAAACGCCUGAGCAGGGCUUUGUUUUACCAAAUCAUGGCAGCCUGGUGAAGAUGAAGGUGGGUGACGCGGCGGGAGGCCCUGAGAAGGAGACGGAGGCCGUGACGGAGCUCAGGAAGCUGAGGAGGCAGCUGCAGGACAUCCGCCACCACGUCUUCAGCGCCGCCGAGGCGGAGAGCCGCGGAGACGACUGGAUCCUCAUCGGCAGCAUCGUGGACCGCUUCCUCUUCUACCUCUACGCCAUCUUCAUCUCCGUCAGCUUCUUCACCAUCGUGGCUCUGUGGAUCCACCAGGAAGCUGUUUAAUGGAGUGUGAACUCCCUCACUAUUACA